AUGUUGGCGCCGCGCCUCCCAGUAACGGCGCGUGACGAAGCCGAGCCUUCGCCAGACGCCGCAGAGCGCAUCGAGGCCGUCGCAAAAUCCGAGCCGAGCUUCCUGCCGCGGGCCGACUACGUCAGCGCAACGCAAUCAAACGGCAUGACCGUCGCGUCGAGAGAGAAGAUCGUCGGCUGGUACGAGCAGAUGGGCGCCGCCUUCGGCCUCGGCGACCACCUCCUCGACCUCGCGACGAACUACCUCGACCGCGCCCUCUCGGCGCGGUCGGUGAGCGCCGACGAGUUCCGGAGGGACGCCGUCGCCGCCAUCUACCUCGCGGCCAAGGUCGAAGGCGCCGCCGCGUUCAAGGCCGCCGACGUCGCCGCGCUCACCCGCGGGAAUGUCACCGCGGAGGACCUGAUCGCGGCCGAGGCUGACCUCGUAAAAACGCUCCAGUGGCGCACGCACGCGCCGACCGUCGCCGUCGCGGUGCUUGACGCGAUCACGUUCCACGAGGUCUCCGUCGCCGACGAGGUCUCGGCGUUUGCCCGCGCGGCGCGCACGUCCUACGAGCUCGUCGGCGCGCCGCCCACGCUUGUGGCGGCUGCAUGCGUCGUCGCAGCGUCACCGAACGCGCGCGCGGUCGCCGAGGCCGCGUCCCAACUCGACACGCCCUGGGGCGGCUCGCCGUCGCGGGUCCAGGCCGCCGCGGCCCUCCUGCGCGCGGCGCGCGCCAAGCGGGCCGCCGCGCGCGCGGGAGUCGCGUUCGUGCCGGUGGAGACGCCCGACGACUGCGCGACGGUCACGCCCGACCCGCCGACGCGGUCGCCUUCCCCCUACUCGAAGCACUGA